UCAUAAAAGAUAAUAAUAAUAGAGUGCAAAAAAAUGUUUGCUUUAAGCUAAUAACAACUUGAAUUUAAUCACUGUCAAUUAUUGAAUUUGUUUAUGCUGUUUCUAGGAUGGCUUCGUGGCACUUGUCAUCUGUAAUGCACUAUUCUUGCCCAGGAAAUUGGAUAGCCUUUAUUUCUCUGGCCGUUGUGUCUGGUUCCUGCCUUGACUUUACUUACACAAUAGGAAAUAAUAAGGAAACUUGAGAAAGCAAAACCAAUUUGUAACUUCCUCUGUGCACCUUUUCUUCCAGGUGUUUCACUGAAACACACUACAUGCUUCCAAGUCUAGAGAACACAAACACACUUUCAGUGUUGGUGUCAUUUGAAGAUGUGGCUGUGGACAUUACCCAGGAGGAGUGGCAGAUCAUGGACAAUACUCAGAGGACCCUGUACAGGGAUGUGAUGCUUGAGACCUAUAGCAAUCUGCUGUUCGUGGAUCCUUACACAAAGAAUGAGCUGCUUGGAACUAAUCCAGAAAAUCAAGAAACCACUUUCAGGAAGCCUGAUGAAAUGUCACUUGAGAAAAAGCAUGCCUCUAAUGUUCCUGAGAACAAACUCCAAUUUGCAGAAAAGCUCAGUCAGCAUGACAAGAUGUACACUUGUAAGCAAUCUUUUGAACACAAUGGAAAAGAAAAAACUUUCAGCACGAAGAUGUUCCUUAAGUGUAAGAAAAUUUGUAUCAAAGACCCAUUUAAUGACCCUAUCAUUGUAGGAGAAACAAUUCAGGUUGACAAGAAAAUGUUCCAUAGCAAUCCUUAUUUUGUCAAGCAUCAACAAACACACUCAGGAAAGAAACUCCAUGAACCUUUCAAGAGUGAGAAAUGUCCUAUUUAUAAAAGAGAUCUCAAAAUAAAUCAGAUAAUCCAAAUAGCGAAAAGUCACUAUAUAUAUGGCUACUGCAAACAGUCUUUUAGCUGUAACUCUAGCUUAACCACCAAGAAGGGCAGUGAAAUUGGAGAAAAUUUCUCUGUGUGCAAUAAAUGUAGCAAAAAUAUUUACCAGAAGUCAGAAUUCACUAGAGAGAAGAUGCUUCCCACUGAGGAGAAACCGUAUGAUUGUAAUGAACCUGUAAGAUCCUUUUGCACUCAAUCAGGUCUCCUUACACAUCAGAGAAUUCACACAGCGGGAAAAUCAUACAAUUGUAAUGAAUGUGAGAAAUCUUUUUGUCAGAAGUCAUCCCUAAUCAGACAUCAGAGAAUCCACACAGGGGGAAAACCUUAUGAAUGUAGGGAAUGUGGAAAAGCCUUUUGCCAGCAGUCCAGUCUCAUUGUACAUCAGAGAAGCCACACAGGGGAAAAACCUUAUAAAUGUACUGAGUGUGGAAAAGGAUUUUGUCGGAAGGCACACCUAAUCCGACAUCAGAGAAUCCACACAGGAGAGAAACCUUACAAAUGCAGUGAAUGUGGAAAAGCUUUUUGUCGGAAGUCACAGCUAAGCAUACAUCAGAAAAUCCGCACAAGGGAAAAAGCUUAUGAAUGUAUUGAUUGUGGAAAAAGUUUUUAUUCAAAGUCACACCUAACUGUGCAUCAGAGAAUCCACACAGGGGAAAAACCUUAUGAAUGCAGUGAAUGUGGAAAACGUUUUUAUUCGACGUCACAGCUUAUCACACAUAAGAGAAUUCACGCAGGAGUAAAAGCUUAUAAAUGUACUGAAUGUGGAAAAGGAUUUUGUCGGAAGGCACACCUAAUCCGACAUCAGAGAAUCCACACAGGGGAAAAACCUUAUGAAUGCAGUGUAUGUGGAAAAUCCUUUUGCCAGCAGUCCGGUCUCAUUGUACAUCAGAGGAUUCACACAGGGGAAAAACCUUAUAAAUGUAGUGAAUGUGGAAAAGCCUUUUGCCAGCAGUCUGGUCUCAUUGUACAUCAGAGGAUUCACACAGGGCAAAAACCUUAUAAAUGUAGUGAAUGCAGAAAAGCCUUUUGCCAGCAGUCCAGUCUCAUUGUACAUCAGAGGAUUCACACAGGGGAAAAGCCUUUUAAAUGUAGUGAAUGUGGAAAAGCAUUUUGUCAAAAGCCAUCCCUAAUUAAACACCAGAGAAUACACACAGCAGAAAAAGCGUAUGAAUGCAGUGAAUGUGGAAAAGUGUUUUGCCGUAAAAAAGACCUAAUCAAUCAUCAUAGAGUUCACACAAGAUAAAAACUUUUUCAGUAUGACGAGUAUGGAAAAUCUUUUUGUUAGCAGGCAGUUAUUGCAUAAACUAAGUCACAUGCCUGAAGAAAUGUUGAAAAACUCAUACACAAAAAACAUUGAUUGCACUAGAAAGCAAAAACUAACAUGAGGUCACAGUUCACU